CGGCCCUGGCGCGUGCCGAGCUCCUGGCCCCGCUGUAGAUAAGCCCCGGGCAGCCCCUCGCCCAAAGGCUGGGAGCCUUCCCCAGAGCCCUGUCCUGGGGGGCCCGGCCCGCGAGCGCUCCUCAGAGUGCCGCGCUGAUGCCAUUGUUAGCGGGCAGGUGCUUCCCGGGACCCGCCCAGCUGGCAGGCAGCGCGGAGAGCCCCCGGGCUGUCGCAACCCAGGAGAGCCCAGUGCUGCCUUAGCACUUACUUACUUGGCACUAGCAGAAGUAGAGCACAACUGGUGCUGAGGUGGGACCCUCUGACAUUACAGGAGACACUCUGCAGGGAUGUGGGGACAGGAGAGAUGGCACUGAUGAACAGAUGACUCCAGUUCCUCUCAAUGCUUCCUUCUCUCACAAUUUAUAAAUCCAGCCCCCCCAAGGCGCCUGGUGAGCCGGAGACUGAGCGGCGGCAGCGGCAGCAGCAGCAUGGCAGGGGACAGCGAGCAGAGCCUGCAGGAGCACGAGCAGCCCGGCAGUGGGGAGCCCUUCCUGAUCGGGGUCAGCGGCGGCACAGCCAGCGGCAAGUCAUCAGUCUGUGCCAGAAUCGUCCAGCUACUGGGCCAGAAUGAAGUGGAUUAUCGCCAGAAGCAGGUGGUGAUCCUGAGUCAAGACAGCUUCUAUCGGGUCCUUACCUCUGAGCAGAAGUCCAAGGCACUCAAGGGCCAGUUCAACUUUGACCACCCAGAUGCCUUUGACAAUGAGCUCAUCGUCAAAACGCUCAAAGAGAUCAUGGAAGGGAAGACAGUCCAGAUUCCUGUCUAUGACUUUGUUUCCCAUUCCAGGAAGGAGGAGACAGUGACGGUGUACCCAGCUGACGUGGUCCUCUUCGAGGGCAUUCUGGCCUUCUACACCCAGGAGGUCCGGGAUCUCUUCCGGAUGAAGCUGUUUGUGGACACAGAUGCAGACACUCGGCUGUCCCGCAGAGUGUUACGAGACAUCAGUGAGCGAGGCCGGGACCUUGAGCAAAUCUUGUCUCAGUACAUUACUUUCGUCAAACCAGCCUUUGAGGAAUUCUGCUUGCCAACCAAGAAGUAUGCUGACGUGAUCAUCCCCAGGGGGGCAGAUAAUGAAGUAGCCAUAAACCUGAUCGUGCAGCACAUCCAGGACAUUCUGAACGGAGGACACAGCAAACGCCAGAUCAACAGUUGUCUGAAUGGCUACACGACUCCGUGCCAGAGGCAGCCUUCUGAGUCAAGUAGCCGGCCACACUGACCCCAGAUAUUGGGGUGAGGUUGGGGGUGGUUGGGCUCUGCUGCAGCUGAUCUGUCCGUACUGUGUCCAAUCACACCCCCACCUCUAUUUAAGAAACCAGAUGGAGACACAUGCCUUUAAUUUUGUAUCUUGGAAAUGAGAGAGGAGCAUCUGGAUUCCCAGAUGCCGCUGGAGAUGCCUACCGCUGGCUUCGCUCAGUAACCAUUCCAGCACGGAACCAGCUAUCAAUACAGAAUCGCUCUAUUUUUGUGUAAAAAGAACAAUGUAAAACUACUUGCCAUAAGGUAUUUGCCAGGCUUGGUAUUGCUGAGGGCAGCUGGGACGGGGCAGGGACACAAGGGUGCUUCUGGUGUGGGGAACUGGCAAGUCUGUGUGGGCGGGGGGGACUGCACCAAAGGCUUCAAACUAGGUGACCAAGUGGCUUAUGAGCGAGAAGUAGCCAGCCCAUGGCUGGGGGGUGGGUGGAGGCUUGGUGUGGAGCAUACAGUGAUGCUUUUGCUGCUGGCCUGCGUGGUUUGUCACACAGCUGCUGUGCCUGUUCUGCAGGAGGGUGCUGGGUUUGGUUGAUGGGGAGGAGUGGAGUUGGGGAGAACAAUGGCUGAAACCUUGGCUGCUCUUUCCUACUCUGCUUUCCCUCCCCCAUCUCUGCUAGCUGCUUGCCUUGCCAAGGCUCCCCCCUGCCCCUGCCUGAGUCACUCAACACUGCCCCUGUCCCACAGCUGACUUCCUGCUGGCUGUGGUUUUGGGGCUGGAGUGAUUCAUCACACAAAGAACUGACAUGGCGGGAGCCGGGGGGGGGGGGGGGGGUUUGAAAGGAUGAAAUUCUGGGCUUGGCUAUUAACAGCUGCUGGCCCAUCAGACUCCUGCCACAGGGCUGGGUGUCAGGAGCACUUCGCGCCUGUCUGGCUAAAAGUGUCUGGGGACUCUCCCCAGCUUUCUGGAGUUUGGUAGAGGGGAGGCCUGGGGCCAUGAGUGGAGCAAUAUGAUAGACAUGAGUGUGCUGUAGCAGACCCAUUGGCCAGCUGCUGAAAUAGCAAGAGCGCCAGGUGAGAGCUGGGGGAGGAGGGUGGCGCGGGUGAGAAUGUGCAUGCUGUCUGAAGGGGCCUUGCUCCUCCCUGAGCGGGCUUUGAGCUGAAGCUGCUUACAGCAUCCCUGAGGCUGCUCCCCAGCUGGUCUGUGGGGAGAAGAAAGGGCAAUUGAGUUAGAAGCUACAGAGCAGCCCCUCCCAGUACGCCCUGCAGCGUAAUGCUAUGCCAGGGUGUGUCCCAUGCCCAGCUGGCUGUGAAGAGCCUAGCGCUGCUGGCACUCUGGGGCCACCCUAGAGCAAGCCCCUCUGAGACUGGAACCUCUGCCCCUAGAGAAGCCUGGCCCCAUGCCCAGUUUCUACUUGAAGCUUCCACGGCAAACCAGUGAGUGCCUUGGCUGGGAUUUGGGCCAGAGGAUAAGAUUGUCUCCACACUCUCCCUGCUACCUGCUUUCUUUACUAGCCGGUGGGAUCCUCUCCCCGCUGGUGCUAGGCAAAGCAACCUCUUUUCAGGGCCCUUGAAUUGGCUUUGGGCCUGCUGUUUGCUCAGAGCCCCCUGUGCACAUGCCAUCUUUCCCCAUUACUAGAGAAGCAAAGGUUUGAGCAGUCACCACUGUUGGGAGUAUGGUAGAGGGCAGGUCUAGAGGGGGCCAUCCUGAUUGGGCUGGGAUGUUAGCCCUCCAAAUUACUUCAGAAUUGGCUUGGUUAAGGAUCUGAGCUGGAUUGGACCUGGAGUGAGUUCUCUGCUCCCUGAGAAGGUGCUAAACCCACAUGUGCCUGUGUUCAGACCCCAACCUGCCAGUAUUGCCUUGGGAGAGAGUAUCCCGAAGCACUUGCUCUUUCCACAGAGCUCUGCACAGACCAAAGCCAUUACAGUUCAUUCCAAGGGGCGGGUGGCUGUGACUGUGCCAUGAUGUGGCACAGACCAUGGGACUUCAAUUUAGUGCCAGUGCUGCAGCUGUCAGGCACAGCUGUACUUGAGGGGAUAUCACUGUGGUGAUAGAGACCCCCCCACACCCCAAGAGCCUCCAUUGCGGGGAAUUGGGAGCAAAGGGAUGGUUCUUUAUGGAGAAGGAGCAGCACUGGAAAGGGUCUCUUCUGCUCAUCUUGGGUUCCCUUAAGAACUGAGGAAUCCCCCAGUGCUAACCUUAUCAUGUCCCAUUGAGCUCUGUGCUGUGGGCUCUGCCCUCAAGCCUGCUGGCGCUUUGCUCUCCUUUUCCCUGAGCAGCACCCUGGGACUGGGUGGCUUCCCUGGGGACUCAGCGUCUUUGUGAGCUGUGUUCAGUACCAGGCACCUGUGCUUUAGGGUGAGCCUUCAAAGCUCAGGCUUGUUCUUGUCCCCCUGUAGAUAUCUAGAGUCCUGCAAGGCUUCUGUAUGGUCCUGUUCUUGGGUUAACUAAUGAGGAAUAACUUAGAGGCCUGGCUUCUUAGAGAAAAGAAGCUUAUUAUUCACCUUCUGCUGGCUUUUCUCCCAUCCCUGUUCAGCUGGAGGAGAGGGAAGUCAAGGUGUGUGUGAUAAGCUCUCUGAGACCACAAGGGGGAAAGGAAGGGAACAGAUGCCCCAAGUCAGCACUGCCAGGGGAAAACCAUUCCCUCUCUUCCUCACCUAAUUGUGGGAUGGGAAGCCCUUCUCCCCUCCACCCUGUCCAGAAACCCCUCCAACAAACUCUUAAGGCAUGGCAGUCUCCCUACUCCUGAGACCCAGUGAUGCCUGCGUUGUCCCAGAAGGGCCAGAGGCCAGCCCUUAGGUAACAAGUGUCUGGAGCCCCACAGAGGGGAGGUGGUUUCCAGGGACUGGAGGCUCAGCCUGGGUGGGGUGGCUUUCAAGACUGAUGUACUGUUCUGCCCUUCCCUCUAAAUAAAAAGGAAAUAACUGGA